AUGUGGCUGCAGCUGGUGGUACUGGUGGAUCGCUGCGGUCCCAAUAACUGUACUGGGAUCUCUGAUAAACAACUGGUAUCUUCAAAAUUUCAAGUAGUUGGUCGUAGUAUCACACGAGAUGAAGAGCAUGCCAGUAUCCAAAAACUCUCAUCCAAUCGCAGAAAAAAAUUAUCACUUGAUCCUUUUAAACAGGUCCAAUCUACUGAUUCGUCACAGACUGUAACACAGAACAAAAAAAGUCACCGAGGAGGUGUUAAACAUCAAACAGCUCACGUAAGAGAGAAGCCAUUUUCAUGUUUAGAAUGUGGAAGAUGUUUUAGAUAUAAAAGAGAUCUUGUUAGACAUGAGAAAAUUCACACAGGGAAGAGGCCAUGUUCAUGUUUAGAAUGUGGAAAAUGUUUUAGAUAUAAUUCUGAACUUGCCACACAUCAGAAAACUCACACUGGGGAGAAGCCAUUUUCAUGUUCAGAAUGUAGAAAAUGUUUUAGAUAUAAAUCAGAACUUGUCACACAUCAGAGAAUUCACACAGGGGAGAAGCCAUUUUCAUGUUCAGAAUGUGGAAAAUGUUUUUACAGUAAAUCCUCUUUUGUUCUACAUCAGAGAAUUCACACAGGGGCAAAAACAUUUUCAUGUUCAGAAUGUGAGAAACGUUUUCACCAGAAAUCAGAUCUUGUUAAUCAUCAGAGAGUUCACACAGGAGAGAAGCCAUUUACAUGUUCAGAAUGUGGGAAAUGUUUUAACUUGAAAAGAAGUCUUGUUUCACAUCAGAGAAUUCACACAAGGGAGAAUCCUUUUUCAUGUUCAGAAUGUGGGAAACGUUUUAAUCAGAAAUCAUCUCUUGUUAUACAUCAGAGAAGUCACACAGAGGAGAAGCCAUUUUCAUGUUCAGAAUGUGAAAAAUGUUUUCAUCAGAAAUCAUCUCUUGUUAAACAUCAGAAAAGUCACACAGGGGAGAUGCCAUUUUCAUGUUCAGAAUGUGAAAAAUGUUUUCAUCAGAAAUCGGCUCUUGUUACACAUCAGAGAAGGCACACAGGGGAGAAGCCGUUUUCAUGUUCAGAAUGUGAAAAAUGUUUUCAUCAGAAAUCAGCUCUUGUUAAACAUCAGAAAAGUCACACAGGGGAGAUGCCAUUUUCAUGUUCAGAAUGUGAAAAAUGUUUUCAUCAGAAAUCAGCUCUUGUUACACAUCAGAGAAAGCACACAGGGGAAAAGCCAUUUUCAUGUUCAGAAUGUGAAAAAUGUUUUCAUCAGAAAUCAAAUCUAGUUAAUCAUCAGAGAAUUCACACAGGGGAGAAGCUAUAUUUAUGUUCAGAAUGUGGGAAAUGUUUUACCCAUAAAUCAUCUCUAUUUAAACAUCAGAGAAAGCACAAAGGGUAGAAGCCAUUUUCA